AUGGGUGCUAUAAAAUCAAAGGAAUUUCAGCCUCUUUGCAACGAUUAGAUUGUAGUAACAAUCAAUGAUUAAUACGAUCAACCAUUGAAAAGGGGAUAAUGUAUUCUAAAUUCAAUUUAUAAAUCGCAAGAUCUUCCAGGAAUGGAGCAACCUUUUAUUUGCUUAUUUCAGUACAAUCAUACCCUUCAAUAGCUUCACAUUAAAAAGCAUGACUAUCCUUAUAAGUAUUAGAAAAAACAAGAACUUUAAGAUAAAUUCAAUUCACACAAGGAUACUACAAAUCAUUUGAUAAUGUUUGAACACUCAGAUGUUUGCCCCAACCGAAUUUAUGCUGAGAGAUGCCAGCAAGCUCAGCAUUCCAUAUAAUAUUCCAGUAGACUAACUAAUUUGGCUGUGUGUUGUGUUAUAUUCGAUUCUGAUGAUUAUCUUCUAUCGACUAGGAGAUAAUAAAGGAUGAUGUUUUUCCCUAAGGCAUGGGUAAUUCCAGGUGGGCAUGUUGAAACUCAAGAAUUACCAGAGUAUGCAGCUCUGAGAGAAGCUGGUGAAGAGACAGGAAUUGAGAUUGUUCAAUCUCUUAACGCUGAAACUUAAAAAUUUGAAUAUUUUUAUAAGGAUUAGCCCUGUUCAGACUUAUAGAUGUUCUAUGCUUUUGAAAGUGCUACAUACAAAGAUAAUGUCAAUAGCUUCGAAGCAGCUAAAUCUACACAUAUGAUAUUAUUCUAUAAAAUUAAACUGCCAGUAAGCAGAGAUAAAGUGCAGCUUAAUCUCUAAUAUUCAGAGGUAGAUUAGGCUGUUUGGUUAAGUGAAGGUGAUAUAAAAAAUUUGCUGGCUAAAACUGAAACCGAUUAAGUAUUUGAAGGAUAUGAGCCAAUAGAUAAAAGUGGUGCUGUAAGAAAAAUUUAAGUUUAAUAAAAGCAGCUAUUGCCUCAUUAUCCAAAUCCUCUUGGUGAAGGAUUGUCAAAAGCUCAUACUAUGGCUUUAGAUUAUUAUUUUAACAGGUAUAAAUAGAGAGAUUGA